AUGGGAAAUUCAGUUGUUAAGCCUUCAAGAAGUCUUUUGGGAACAAUACAUAUAAAUUCAAUCGAAAAUUAGAUUGUGAUACUCAAUUCUGAAAACAUCGAUUCAGAUAAAUUGACCAUGUCUCCAACUGAAUACUUUACAAAUCAAUCGCAACGUUUUUCUUCAAACAACACAGGUGUAUAUACUCGAAGAAAUUAAAAAAGAAGACAUGGUAUAAUUGUGGCCAAAACCUCUUAAAUAGAUGAUGAAAUGGAAAUUCAAGAUGAAUAUUGA